AUGGCAGCAACAGCAGCGUGGCUUGCGCCUCCUUCACGGACAGAGCUUAUUGAAAAUCUUGUAUCCGGGGUUGACCGUUACAACCCAUCAAAUGUUGGUAUUCUCGAGGACUACCUCUACCACCAGAUCCGCAGCCAGGAGUAUGACUGCCUCGCUAAUCUUGCUAUCUUGAAACUCUACCAAUUCAAUCCUGACCUCUUCAAUCCCGACGUGGUCAUCAAUAUCCUCCUCAAGGCUCUUACAGCAGAGCCUUUCCCAGACUUCAACCUCUGCAUAUCUCUGCUCGACGACCGGCCAAUUAAUGGCACUCUCGACGAGCCCGAUCCAUUGCCUACGCUUCUGCCGCUCCUCACAAAUCUCUACAACCUCCUUCACCAGUGUCGUUUCUCUGCGUUUUGGAGUAUGUAUCGGUCCGAUGAGUUGGAGGUUAUAAGAGAGAAUUAUACAGUGGAGUGCGCAGGAUUCGAAGAUGCCAUCCGGGAAGUCGCCGCGCGAUCUGUAAAGGCUACUUUCACGCGGAUCAGCAGUAAGAGGCUGGGAUCCUAUGUGGAUCUAUCAGGACCGGAGCUAGAGGCAUGGGUCGCGAAACAACGAUGGACAUCUGAUUCAUCCGCUGGGGUAGUCAGCAUACCACCAAACCCUGACAAUCAAAUUGAGUCGGUUGUCAUUCAAGAGCAUAUUAAGCUUCCACAGCUUAGCAAGGUUAUCUCACAUACUGUGCAAGCCAAAUGA